AUGAGCAGCAGGUUCUUUUCCCUCUUCCGCAACACGCCCCUCAUUCAGACCCUCGGUCCCCCCACCACCCCGACCGCACAGGCAGCCCAGCAGGCUCUCCAGUCUUCGUCGCCCUCUGCCGCCAUGUCGUCCGCCGUCGAGUACGCCACCGUCGCCAGCGGCUGCUUCUGGGGCACAGAGGACAUCUACCGCAAGCACUACGGAAACGGCAAGGGUCUCAUCGACGCCAAGGUCGGAUUCAUUGGAGGAUCCGAGAGCAGCAAGAACCCGACCUACGAGGAGGUCUGCACGGGCAGGACCGGCCAUGCCGAGGCCACCCAGAUCCAGUUUGACCCCUCGAAAGUGAGCUACGCCGAACUCAUCGAGUUCUUCUACCGCACCCACGACCCCACCCAGCUCAACCGCCAGGGAAACGACCGCGGCACCCAGUACCGCUCCGCCAUCUUCGCCCACGACGACCACCAGCUCGCCACGGCCAAAAAGGUGACGGAAGAGGUGCAGAAGAAGCACUUUGACCCAAAGGGCUCCAAGAUCGUCACCCAGCUCGAAAUCCGCAACCGCUCCGACUUUUUCCCCGCAGACGACUAUCACCAGCAGUACCUCAUCAACAACCCAAACGGAUACCACUGCGCCACCCACAUCCUCCACUGGUAG